UAACGCGUGAUCGGCCGUUUGGUGAGAACUCGCAAUCACGCGAUAUCGCGUGAUUGGCAAUGAACGUGUCAAAGUUGUCGCGACAACUCUUCCCCGACGCUUUUAAUCGUAUCCUCGAAACGUAUCUUGCUUCAAUUACGUGGUCUUGAUGAAUGGGUCCGAGCAAUCGACCAGGAUGUCUGCCGGCGACACGCAAGGUGUGAUUACGAUAGACGACGGCGAGUAUCAAGUCACGGAGAAUGACGAGAUAGCCGCCAUCGAUUACGAAUUGCAGCAGAUAGAGAGCGAGAUGCAGAAGCUCGCGGAUCGCAAGAAGAUGUUGACUCAACGCAAGGAGAAAUUGCGCGACGACGCUCUUCUGAAGAAGAGCUUCUGCCUGUCCAAGAAGAAUUGGAACAACGAGGACUUCGAAUGGUCCGCCAAGCUGAGGAGAACACUGAGGGAUACAUUCAAGAUAGAAAAAUUACGGGACCUGCAGCUGCCGACUAUGAACGCCAUCAUGUCGAAGGAAGACGUUAUAUUAAUUAUGCCCACGGGUGGUGGGAAAAGUUUAUGCUACCAACUGCCGGCUGUGAUCAGCAAGGGCGUAACGAUAGUGGUUUCGCCGCUGAUAUCUCUGAUGGAGGAUCAGCUGCACGGGCUGCGCAGGUUCAACGUGAGAGCUACGAUGUUGUGCGCCAAGGCUGACAAAGAGAGCGUCAAGGCGACCAUGAACGCCUUGGUGGAUAAGAAUACCGACCUCCGGCUGAUUUACGUUACGCCGGAGUAUAUGGCGAAGUCGAAUCGCUUCAUGAGCAAGCUGCAGAAGGCGUACGAGCUGCAGAAUCUCGCGCGUUUCGCCGUGGACGAGGUGCACUGCUGCAGUCAGUGGGGUCACGACUUUCGACGCGACUACAACUUCUUAGGCGUAUUGAAGUCCAUGUUCCCCGGCAUACCGAUUCUCGGUCUGACCGCCACAGCCCCGGCCAAGAUCAUCGUGGACGUGCAGAAGAUGCUGGACAUCAGCGGCUGCCUGGUGCUGCGAGCCUCGUUCAACCGGCCGAAUCUGUUCUACGAGGUGCGCCGAAAGCCGUCGGACAAGGAGACGUGCCUGGCGAUGAUCGAGAGUCUGCUGAAGAACCGAUUUGCCGGCAAGUCCGGCAUCAUCUAUACCACCACGAUCAAGGAGGCCGAGCAACUGACCACGGACCUAAGGGGGAGGGGCGUGAAGGUCGGCUGCUACCACGCGAUGCUCGAGGCUGAGUACAGGUCGGAGGUCUACUCCAAGUGGAUCUCGGGCAAGUACCAAGCCGUGGUGGCGACCAUCGCCUUCGGGCUGGGCAUCGACAAGCCGGACGUGCGAUUCGUCAUUCACCAUUGCGUCUCGAAGUCGAUGGAGAACUUCUACCAGGAGAGCGGCCGGGCCGGCAGAGACGGCAAGAAGUCCGUUUGUAUCGUGCUCUACCGGCUGGCGGAUGUGUUCAAGCUCAGCACCAUGGUGUUCCAGGACAGGGUCGGCCUGCAGAACCUGUACAAGGUGUUGACUUAUUGCCUCGACCAGACGUCUUGCAGACGGAGUCUGAUCGCGACGCACUUCGAGGAGACUUGGGACAAGAGUGACUGUGUCGAGAUGUGCGACCACUGCAGGAAGCCGGCCGCCGCCAGGGAGACCGACGUGGCGUCCUAUUGCAGACACUUGUACCAGAUCAUGACGAAAGCGGUGCAGAACGAGACGCGGCUGACCGCCCUGAAGCUCGUGGACGCCUGGUACAGCAAAGGCGCCACGACCCUGCGGGUCGCCGGCGUGCCAGUACCGAAGUUCACCAGGGAAACCGGCGAGGCCAUCGUCGGCCACCUGCUGGCGAACGGUUAUCUGCAGGAGGACUUCCACUUCUCAUCGUACACCACGAUAUCGUACCUCAAACGGGGACCCAAGUCGGGCCUGGUCGCCAGCAACGACCACAAGAUACCCUUCAAGUACGACAUACACUACUAAGAUCAGAUCCCUAAGACACUAGCGACUCUCAAGACAACUGUCGACUGUGAUAACUCAUGCGGACAAUUCCUCGCCGAUUCCUGACGCUUCAUUUCAUCCUGCGCGUUCAACGGGGAUGCAACGGGCGUAGGGAAAUCGUUACGUCUGCUUUAUUCAAGAACCCGGUUAAUUAUUAAUGCUCUCGCACAAGCGACGCGAGAAAGUCGUCGCUGCGCCCGUGGCGCGUCGUCGAUUUCUCUCUCUCUCUCUCUCUCUCUCUCUCUCUCGCUCGCUCGCUCGCUCGCUCACUCGUCGCGCCCCUUGACUGACCGUCGAAGAGUCGCGCGCUUCGUCGCAGUGAAGAGACGCGGUUACACGUGCGCGCAUACACAUAUGUCACACACGAGAGAGAGAGAGAGAGAGAGAACAGACAGGAUGAUCGAUCGAGGAGGCGAGAAGCGCGCGCGACAAACGAAAGUGCAUGCAUACGGUGCACGGCCGCGCGACGAUUAAGAAGCGAAUACACUGGAUGAUCGAUAAAAACUGCCUAGGAAGAGCAGCUCCAAGUGCGGCGGUAUGUCAGCGGAUCGGGUAGUAGGGCAGCCGGCUGCGCGAUCAGAUGGAAAUAUUGAUCUAGGAUAAGAAAUAUCCGACUCUCUAUGUGCGCGCGCGCGUGUAUAUAAGUGUACAUACAUAUAAACGUAUAUGUGCGCCGACACUGAGCGACGCGUGUUCGUCGUUGCGUAACGAGGCACGCGUCGGAGGCUCAGGGGAUAAGUUCGCGCGGGAGCGCCGACGUCCUACGUGGAUUUCCGCGGAUUUUCUCAGAAUCG